AUGAAUCCAGAGGGGCGCGUUUCCGUUGGCUUUCAGGUGGCUGUGAUUGGGAACCGUGGGGCUGGCAAGUCGGCGCUGAUACGCGCUGCACCUAUCAACGAGGGAGCCCAUGAGGAAGCUGGAGAUGGAGUACAGCUUCACAAAGCUGCAUGUUUCUACAACUCCUUCUCUGUCAUGGCUGACUUUGUGGAGAUGCCACCCGACGACCGAUACUAUGGGCUGUUGCCCUACUUUGGCGGGGCGGCCGCCUGCAUCAUUCUCGUUGUCAACAUCCUGGACUCAAACGGCCACUCCGAUCUGUGCAACAGACUUGCAGCGCUGGGAACUCCUCCGCCUUGCGGUUUGCUGGUGGUGCAGGGUUCUCUGCCCUCCAGCACAGCCUCGGGGGAGGAGCGGCGACGUCUUGAACCUCUUCGAGAUGUUGCUGCACGUUGGGGCCUGAAGUUCCUUCGGUUUGAGACUUUGGAGCAGCUCGCGAGGGCCCAGAUCUUGCAGUCUGUUUGCGACUUGGUGCUUGGGGACAUUCCUGAUCGGGGUGACCCGAUGCACUUGUUGGGCCGCCGCGUCGCGAGAGGCAUGAGCCCGUGA